GGGCUGAUAGGAAGAAAGUUAGUAACCCUAACCCUUCAAAAUACAUAGAAUUCCAUCUCUUAUUACAGAAUACAUAUUACACCAGUUUCUAUCUGAGAAGUUCACUUUCAUAUUUCCAGUAUCGAUUCAAGGAAAGAAAUUGAAGGAUUUUCGACGACUCUAAAAAAUUGAAGGUAUCAAGAUGACAAGACCAUUUGCAGUGAAAGCUGGUAAGAAAAGGAAGAAGAGAGAAGAAAAUUAUGAUAAGGAAGAAGUUGAAUUGGUGAAAGAGGAAACACCAGCUGCCACAGCUGAUACAAUAGCUGAGGAUGAAAAGAUAGUGGAAGAUUUGGUGCAAGAUAUGCCUGGCAUCCCCAUUACUGUAUCGAAUUCGACAAUCCGCUCCCGGGCUAUUUUCAUCCUUGAAAAGGCUUCCCUUGAGGUUGCCAAAGUUGGAAAGAGCUACCAAAUUUUGAACUCUGAGGACCAUGCAAAUUUUCUGCGGAAACACAAUAAGAACCCAUCCGACUAUAGACCUGACAUCGUUCAUCAGGCUCUAUUAAUGAUUCUGGAUAGCCCCCUAAAUAAGGCUGGAAAGAUACAAGCUGUGUAUGUUAAAACUGAGAAAGGUGUACUUUUCGAGGUUAAACCUCAUGUUCGUAUCCCAAGAACAUACAAGCGUUUCGCUGGCAUUAUGUUGCAAUUGCUACAGAAGCUGAGCAUAUCUGCAGCUGGCAAACGGGACAAGCUUUUUCGUGUUAUUAAAAAUCCUGUCACUCAGUACCUACCUGUUGAUUCUCGUAAGAUAGGCUUUUCAUACAGCUCAGAAAAAUUGGUUGACAUUCAAAAAUAUGUGACUGCUGUUAAAGACGACGUAAAUUUUGUCUUUGUGGUUGGUGCUAUGGCUCAUGGAAAGGUUGAUGAUGAGUAUGUUGAAGACUACAUAUCAAUCUCAGGUUAUCCGAUGAGUGCUGCGUGGUGUAUAGCAAGAAUUUGCGAGGGCUUGCAACAGAAAUGGAGCGUCUUGUGAAUUCUUUUGUGGGUUUAGUGAUAGCUAUUGGUAUUGUCCGGAUUUUCGCUUUCGUUUUGUGUAAGAGAAUAUGCCGAGCAUAAAGCUAAAGUAUCAAAAUUUUGUAUCAUUUACUUUGUAGUUGUCUGAAUUUAAGCUUUCAGUUCGUGCAGGAGAAUAUGCUGCUAAAGUUUUGAAAUUAUUUAUCAUCUAUUGCAGAUGCCUAGCCUCAAUACUAAUUCGUUUUAGGCAAUGUGGUGAAAUUUCGACAAUUGAACCGAUUUGUUAGUGAGAAAUUUCGACAGCUGAA